AUGGCAGAUGGUUACAGAUAUCCGCCGCAGAGCGCUGGGAACUACUAUUACCAACAACCUACACACGCACACCAUCCGCGCCAUAUCCUUCGCAACGGCACCCCUCCCAACAACAGGUCCAUAUUCCCCACCGAGACGCCGUCGCCCUCUCGAUCCCCUGACUCACACUCGCCCGCGCAAAAUCUAUACGGCAUGUUUGGCCAAGGGAACCAGCAUGGGCAGCAUGGCAAUCGCGUCAAUGGGGGAGGCCGCGGACAGAUGUCGAUGAUGUAUAAUUUUCAACACCAACAUCAGCAACAGCACCACACUCAACACCAGGGAAAUAACCUCCCAGACCAUGGCACACACUCAACUAAUGGAUCGGCACUCGGGCAUCACACGAACUUCUCGUCCGGGGUAUUAUCAAAUUCUACACCCAGCUUCACACCGAACAGUCUUCAAAAUGGUCAUACCGGCGUUACACGUGGUGGCCAAGCACUGCAAAUCACAGAACAUUGGUCAGAGCAACUGAAGCUUCACAAAGAGUCCUCGGAUGCGAAUUUACAAAUGGUGGACCACCAAGCUCCUAAUCACUUUGCGAGGCAGAAAGCUGGGGAAAACCGAGGAUUGACUUCAGCUUCGAAUGUCGAUACAGCUGCCGUAGAGGAAGAAAACGACGAAGAUCGAGGGCGACCGUACCGUCAAGAAACAGUAAAACGGCAAGAUUGGCAUAACAUGGAUUUGAGUGGGCAAGGGCUCCGAGUACUUGCGAGCCCACUUUUCAAUUACGGGUUUUUGAACGAGCUUUACAUUGCCUCCAACAAGAUCACACACCUACCUCCGGAAAUUGGGCAGUUGCGGCAUUUGAGGCAUCUUGAUGCUUCGUAUAAUCAACUGACCGAGUUGCCUCGGGAGUUGGGAAUGUGUGUCUAUCUCAAGAAACUUCUGUUAUUCAACAACUCCAUCCGAGUACUGCCAAAUGAAAUAGGGUCACUCUACCAAUUGGAUAUGUUAGGAAUUGAGGGAAAUCCACUUGAUGCGGGACAGAGGGCAGAGAUCAUGGAAAAUGGUACAAAGGCGCUUAUGCAGACCCUCCGAGAAGAGGCACCAAUACCUCUGCCUGCCCCCGACCGAAUCACCAUUCCUCUUCAAGACGUGUCCUCGAACCCCGACAAAUUCAAAAUAGCCACCUAUAACAUUCUAUGCGAUAAAGCUUGCACGACACAGCUUUACGGCUACACCCCAUCAAACGCUCUGCUCUGGGAAUACCGAAGAGACAUGAUCCUGAGAGAACUCCGGGCGCAAGAUGCUGAUUUUCUCUGCUUACAAGAGGUAGACUCGGAGACAAUGACCGAGUUUCUCAGCCCGAAGCUCGCAUAUGAUGGUUACAAAGGUGUAUACUGGCCCAAAGCUCGAGCGAAAACCAUGCACGAGAAAGAUGCGAAAUAUGUGGAUGGAUCCGCAACGUUUUACAAAUCUGACAAGUACAUAUUACUUGAGAAGCAAGUCGUCGAAAUGUCCAAUAUCGCUAUCAAUCGACCGGACAUGAAAAACCAGCACGAUAUCUUCAAUCGAGUCAUGCCGAGAGAUAACAUUGGCGUAGUAACGUUCUUUGAAAACAGGAUGACUGGUUCGAGGUUGAUUGUCGCCAACACCCAUCUUCAUUGGGAUCCUGUAUACGCAGAUGUCAAGUUAAUCCAAACGGCCAUUCUCAUUGAAACCAUCAAUAAGAUGUCCGAACGAUUUACGAAAAAGCCCGCCUGCGUGGACAAAAGCACCAAGUUUGGUCUAGCAGACGAGAAUGCCCCGGCAGAGACUGAGCCCGCCCAAGAGCCAGCUCCAUCUAUGGAGUACUCGAGCAAUACUCAGGUGCCUUUCGUAUUUUGUGGUGAUUUCAACUCAACCUCGGAUUCCAGUGUGUAUGAUUUAUUGGCGAAGGGUACCAUCAAACCUUCCCACAAGGAACUGAGUGACUUCCAGUACGGCAAUUUCUCCAAGAAUGGUAUCGACCACCCAUUCUCACUGCGUUCUGCCUACAGUGCUCUCGACAAGACUCCCGAUCAACUGGCAUUCACAAACUGCACGCCUGGGUUCAACGACGUCAUUGAUCACAUCUGGUACUCAACGAACACACUCGAACUGGCAUCUGUACUUGGAGGGGUGGAUUCAGAGUACAUGAAAACAGUGCCUGGAUUCCCCAAUCAUCACUUCCCGAGUGAUCAUCUCCUGCUCGUUGCAGAAUUCGGGGUGAAGGGAAGGAAAGAGAAGAAGACACACCCCGAGCCGGAUUUCGGCUCUUCCAGCCGGCGGAGGGAUUAG